AAGCUGAGAGAGGAACACAAAGAAGAAGAAGAAGCAGCUGCUUCCUUAGAGGGUGAAGAAGAAGAAGAAGAAUAGGUGAAGCCCAACACCACUCAGCUUCUUAAAGAUUCUAAUGGCGGAGGUUGCUUCUGAGCCCAAAGAUACUUGUGCCACCACCACCACCACCGCCACAAGUAGGAAUUCCGAUCCCGAUGAGAAUCGUCCCGUCCGUGUCUACGCUGAUGGGAUCUACGAUCUCUUCCACUUUGGCCAUGCUCGCUCUCUCGAGCAAGCCAAAUUAUCGUUGCAGCUUUUUUGUGUUUUCUUAUCUGGGUUCCCUAAUACCUAUUUGCUCGUUGGUGUUUGCAAUGAUGAUACCACUCACAAGUUUAAAGGGAAGACUGUUAUGACGGAGUCGGAACGAUAUGAAUCUCUUCGCCAUUGCAAGUGGGUGGAUGAAGUCAUUCCUGAUGCACCCUGGGUAAUCAAUCAAGAAUUUCUUGACAAGCAUAAUAUUGAUUAUGUAGCCCAUGACUCUCUACCUUAUGCUGAUACUAGUGGAGCCGGAAAGGACGUAUACGAAUUUGUCAAAAAAGUUGGCAGGUUUAAGGAGACAAAACGAACCGAGGGGAUCUCGACAUCAGACAUUAUAAUGAGGAUUGUUAAAGAUUAUAACCAGUAUGUGUUGCGUAACUUGGAUCGUGGGUAUUCUAGAAAAGAGCUUGGCGUUAGUUUCGUGAAGGAAAAACGAUUGAGGGUGAACAUGAGUUUGAAGAAGUUACAGGAGAAAGUGAAGGAACACCAAGAAAAAGUAGGCGAAAAGAUUCAGACAGUUGCUAUGCAUCGUAAUGAAUGGGUAGAAAAUGCUGAUCGCUGGGUUGCUGGAUUUCUUGAGAUGUUUGAAGAAGGUUGCCAUAAAAUGGGCACUGCCAUUAGAGAUCGAAUUCAAGAGCGCUUAAGAGGGCAGCAGUCAGCACGUCUGCUGGAGAAUGGUGAGGUAGUUACUGAUGAUGAAGAAUAUUAUGAUGAUGAAGAUGAAGAAUAUAACGAUGAUGAAGAAUAUUAUGAUGAUGAAGAAUAUUAUGAAGAGGUGUAUGGGAAAGACUCAAAUAAUGAGAAUGAGGGCAAUGAUAGAGGACGAAGUGAGAAAGAAAAGUACGAGAAAGAAAAUAAUGACAAAGAAAAGUAGGGACUCUUUUCCAUGCUUGCAGUAUAUAUUGCUCGCUGCACUGUCACUGCUUGUUCAUGAAGUUGUGUAAACUACUAUACGAUAGUUUUUGGUGGUGAGACAUGAUUCCCUGAAGUUGCAAAGGGAAACACCAGUCACUCAAAACAUACUUGUAGUGUAAUUUCUGCCUUUUAUCGCGUCGAUCUCCAGACUCUAGUGUGGGUAGGUUUCUAAAUCAUUUGGCACCCAGUUAUAGAUAUCAUGCUUAUCGUCUUUGCCUUUCUGCUUGUUGUGGCUAAGACUUGAACUUUGGAUAUUCUUCAUGAGCCAUGUAAAGAGAGCUUAUAAGUCCCAAUAUAUGUCACCUUUACUUGUCUAGUCCU